AUGAAGAUAGGUUUCGAUAAGAACAAAGUCACUUGCUUCAAGUGUAAACAAAAGGGGCAUUUCAAAAGAGAAUGCACGAACAACAAAGCUGAUGAUAGCGUGAAUCCUUUUUAUAAGGAUUACUGCAAAAAGGCUAUUUAUCAUCAGAAUAACGAGCAACCAACCAGAAAGCAGAUUGAAGAAGGACCUUCUAAAGAAAAGAGACAAGCUGCAAUGACACUUCGUGAUCGUAGUGAAUCCAGUAUACAAAAUGAAAAAUAUGUUUGGGAUAAUUUUGAUUGGGAUAAAUACUUCGAUGAGACAGAAGGAGUCAGAAUUGUAAUUCAUGAUGAUGAAGGGUAUGAUUGGAGUCAACAUGACAAAGAAGAUGGAAAAGCCAAGGCAAUGGUUGCUGAGAUCAAACAAAGUCGUGAAGAAAGGCAUGCUCGCAUUAGGCUGGAUGAAGUGUAUGAUGCUUACAAAGAAGCAACACAAGCAGGCAGGUGGAGCAAAGAAAAGGAAUGCUUUGUCGAUCCUCAAGGAAAUCCGACGGUUGAUCCUGAAACAGUUGAUUUUGAAGCACUAGUUGCUACAAUACCGACUGUGAGUGUUUGGUGCAAAGGCCUUGAGGAGAUUCCAAGGAAUAAAGAAAAGGUUCAAGAAGGCAUUAGGAAGGUGAUAUAUGCCAGUCUGGAGAAGAAGAAGACGGUUGAAGAGAUUGUUGAUGAGAGUGAAAAGCUGGUGAAGGAAGUGAAGAAAGCUGAUGAGAAAGUUGAGGAAGCUAUUGCAGAGAAACAACAGGAGAUUGAGGAAGAUCAGAAUCAACAAGCGAAAGAAGCCACGGUGCCAAACACUGGGGUAACAACCCAAACUGAUUCUUCUAAUCAGUCAGUUGAUAAUAAAGCUGAACAACAGUGCAAGAAAUGCAUGGAAACGUGCAGUAAAACAACUAAAUGUCUUGAAGCUAGAUAUGAAGGCAAACAAAUGGUUUUAAAUCAAUAUAUUGAUGAUGUUGCUAAGCUUAAACAAGAACUAGCAGAUAAAGAAAAGUUGGUCAAUAAACUUCAGAGUUAUCAUGCAUCUUCAUACAUUCUGGAACAUAUUUUCAACAUCACACCCGAUGGGAAAGAGUCAGAAAAGAAUAAAAAGGGAAUUGGGUCUGAAUAA